GGCGGAAAAGGAGCGGACGGUGCGCCAGAUAAAUGGCUCUUUUAAGCUGGGAGCUGCUCGUGUUCUGUCUGGCUGGCAGAUGCAGUGCCUAGUCCCCGGCCUCCAGGACAACGCCAACAUGAACGGGACGUCGGAGCAGGCCGACAUCCUGCCGCCAAACUGCAUGGUCAAGGACCGAUGGAAAGUGCUGAAGAAGAUCGGCGGCGGCGGGUUCGGGGAGAUCUACGAGGCCUUGGACCUGCUGACGCGGGAGAACGUGGCGCUGAAGGUGGAGUCAGCCCAGCAGCCCAAACAGGUGCUGAAGAUGGAGGUGGCGGUGCUGAAGAAGCUGCAGGGUAAAAAUCACGUCUGUAAGUUCAUUGGCUGCGGGAGAAAUGACAAAUUCAACUACGUGGUCAUGCAGCUUCAGGGGCGUAACCUGGCGGACCUGCGGAGGAGUCAGCCCAGAGGGACCUUCACCAUGAGCACCACCCUGCGGCUCGGGAAGCAGAUCCUGGAGUCCAUCGAAGCCAUCCACUCAGUGGGCUUCCUGCACCGAGACAUCAAACCGUCAAACUUUGCGAUGGGCCGGCUUCCCUCCACCUACAGGAAGUGCUACAUGCUGGACUUUGGUCUGGCGCGGCAGUACACCAACACCACCGGAGAGGUCCGACCGCCGAGGACUGUGGCGGGUUUCCGAGGGACGGUCCGAUACGCUUCGGUCAACGCUCAUAAAAACAAGGAAAUGGGUCGCCAUGAUGACCUGUGGUCGCUGUUUUACAUGUUGGUUGAGUUCGCCGUUGGACAGUUGCCAUGGCGAAAGAUCAAAGACAAGGAACAAGUGGGUCAGAUCAAAGAGCGUUAUGACCAUCGGAUGCUGCUCAAACACAUGCCUUCAGAGUUUAAUAUCUUCCUGGACCACGUGCUGGCCCUGGACUACUACACCAAACCAGACUACCAGCUGCUGAUGUCGGUGUUUGAGAACAGCAUGAAGGAGCGAAUCAUCACCGAGAAUGAGCCUUUCGAUUGGGAGAAGGGAGGGGGUGAUGUCACGCUGUCGACCAGUGCCUCCACCCAACCACAGCACAACACCCGGCCCACCGCCGCCAUGGUGGGAGCCAUAGUGACGCCGGUUCCCGGAGAUCUGCAGCGGGAGAACACGGACGACGUUUUGCAGGAUGAACAUCUCAGCGAUCAGGAGAACGCCCCACCGGCGCCGCCCAGCCGCCCCCUUGGAGAGACGGGCGUCCCUCUCGCCGGGGACACCGGAGAGGCCUGGGAAGACACAGACUUCAACCGCAACAGACUCAGGAUCAGCCUGAACAAGGGUGCUCAGGAGGAGGAGUCGGGUCGUGGCGCGUGUCCAGCGUCGCCGGUCCGCGGUGGAGCCCCGGAGUCACCGACGGGUCAGGGUCGGUCCUUACGGUACCGCCGGGUCAACAGCCCCGAAUCUGAGCGCCUGUCUGCUGCCGAGGGCCGCGUCGACGCCUACGGACAGAGGUCCCGGUUGGACAUGCUCGGUUCUCCGUCGCGUCACGUCUACUCCUCCCAGCCGGCUCAGAUGCUUUCCGUAGACCCCGGUUGCCGCGGAGACCGGCAGGCCAGCGGGCGCCAGGAGAUGUCAGUGGCGUCGGUGGACCAGGAGGCGCACAGCAACGCCUUCAUCCGCUCCGUGCCGCUGGCCGAGGAGGAGGACUUCGACAGCAAAGAGUGGGUGAUCAUCGACAAAGAAGCGGAGCUCCGAGACUUCCAGCCAACCACAUCGGGGACCACGGACGAGGAGCCCGAGGAGCUCCGCCCCCUGGAGGAGCAGGAGGAACGCCGGAGGCUCAGGGCCGCAGGAGGCGAGCUGGUGGUCCGUCCGAAGACCCACACCCGGGACAGCAGCCGCGGAAUGCUAACGCUAACGGAGGAGGAGGCGUCGCGGAGGAGCGGCGGCAGCCCCGCCCAGUCGCCCUGCCACUCGCUGCCAUCGGGACGCCCCCGCCGGAGAGAGUCAGACCCCAUCGGACCCAACAGACCGCUGGAUGAGGAACGGCACCCGGCGCGGCCCAAUCAGCUGCGGCGGCUGGCCUCCUACGUCUUCUCCUCCUCCACGCUGGAGACGGAGCACUAUCCGCACGGAGGCGGCAGCUUCAUCCAGAGGAGCCGCUCGGCCGAGAGCAGCCCCGCCCACAUCACCGCCGCCGCCGGCGCCUCGGUGCGGCGCCGGCACGCCGGGACGCUGCCGACGCCGGGCAGCCCGCGCAGCAGACACUCGGUGCUCAACGUGUCGCGGACGCAGCUGCAGCAGAUGUUAGCCAAGCUCAUGAACAAGAACAGCAGCUGA